AAAAUUGUAAGAAGGCAAAGAAAUGGGCCAAAGAAGCCCAUAAAGAAAAAGCACCUGGGGAUAUGGAAGGAAGGAUGGUUGUUUUAGCAAAAUGAGGGAUUUUGGGAUUCCCUUUUUCUCUCUCUCUCUUUCUCUUUCUCUUUCUUUCCCAAACUUUGAACUACUCCUGACUACCAUUGGAGCUUAGGAGGGAGGGUGAGAGAGUGUGUAUAUCAUCACAAACCCAAUUAUAUAUAAACCCAGAAAUUCAAUUUUCUGAUUUUUCAGAUUUUUUUGCAAGUGGGGUUGUGAUCUGGGCAAAUUUGGUGGUGUUUUCUGAAAAUUAAAAAUGGAUAUUGAUAGCAUAGAGUGUGUAUCUUCCAUAGAUAUGGAUGAAGAUGAAAUAAUACAGCAACAUCAUCAUCAUCAUCAUCAUCAACCUCAUCACCAAUUUUCAUCUUCAAAAGCUCCUCACAUCAUCAACAAUGGUGUCCUUAAUCCCAACAUUCACCCUGCUACCAGUGUUCAUGAGCUUCUUGAAUGUCCUGUUUGUACCAAUUCUAUGUACCCUCCAAUUCACCAGUGCCGAAAUGGGCAUACACUUUGUUCCACCUGUAAAACACGUGUACAAAAUCGAUGCCCAACCUGUCGGCAAGAACUUGGGGAUAUAAGAUGUCUAGCAUUGGAAAAAGUUGCUGAAUCGCUAGAGCUUCCUUGCAAAUAUUUUUCACUUGGUUGCCCGGAGAUAUUUCCCUACUACAGCAAAGUUAAACAUGAAACCAUAUGUAACUUCAGGCCAUACAAUUGUCCAUAUGCUGGAUCAGAGUGCUCUGUUACUGGGGAUAUACCUUAUCUGGUGGCUCAUUUGAGGGAUGAUCACAAGGUUGACAUGCAUUCUGGAUGUACAUUCAAUCAUCGUUAUGUGAAGUCUAAUCCGCGCGAGGUGGAAAAUGCUACAUGGAUGCUAACUGUGUUCCACUGUUUUGGUCAGUAUUUCUGCCUCCAUUUCGAAGCAUUUCAACUUGGCAUGGCUCCUGUUUAUAUGGCUUUUCUUCGGUUCAUGGGGGAUGAGAUGGAAGCUAGAAAUUAUAGCUACAGCCUUGAAGUUGGGGGCUAUGGCCGCAAACUCACUUGGGAGGGAACCCCUAGAAGUGUUAGAGACAGCCACAGAAAAGUUAGGGACAGCCACGAUGGUCUUAUAAUACAAAGAAACAUGGCACUUUUCUUCUCUGGAGGAGACCGCAAGGAACUGAAGUUGCGGGUCACUGGGCGCAUAUGGAAGGAGCAGCAGAACCCUGAUGGUGGAGCCUGCAUUCCCAAUCUGUGCAGCUAAUAGUUGGUUUCUCUCUUGCCUGCUGACCCCUCCUAUCUACUCUUCUCUUCAGGAUUGUAAUUUGGUUAACCAAGUAUAUAGACGCGCUGUACAAUUACUGAUGUGGAAUGAGUGCAUGCUAGAUGUAGCCGAUUUGCAAGAUUGUUUUAACCAAUUCACUUUCGCCAUUGAAAAUGGCUAAUAAUUUUACUGUGUCUGUCUUGCACUUUGUGACUUGUUGGAUCAUGUUGUCAAGAGCUUCCUGCUUCCAAGAUUGUGCCUGACUCGCCAACUAACUUCUUGCUUUGCAUAAAUGAGGUUCUUAUAGCUUGUUUUA